AUGGAUCUAGAGCGAAAGCAGGCUUGUUGGAAACUUGAACUGGAGGUCUUAGAUAAGGAUUCGUCAUGGGUUAGUAAAUUUGAUCCUUCCAAAAAGAAGAAGAAGAAGAAGCCUCCUAUACGCGACGACGACCUCUUGUUCCAGAAAGGACGGCACUUUGCCGAGAAUAGCGAACCACACUGUCGUCAAUCUGGGAGACGGCUCCUUCCCGGUCACAAAUUUGAUCCAGAUUAUGGCUAUAAAGAGCUCUUGAGUAGGGUGUUUGGUAUGCUUUGUGAGGACGAUCUCGAGGUUCCUACGGAGAAGCCAAGAACAGUGAUGUUGCCUCCCAGGCUCCUUGCACAAGGGACUCAGAUAACUGUUUGUUCCAACUUUGCUCAACUCUGCACAACGAUGCAUAGGGAGCCAGAUCAUGUCAUGGGGUUCUUACUUGGCCAAAUGGAGACAAAAGGAUUGCUGGACAAACAGCAGCGGCUAGAGAUGAAGGGUAUAGUGUCUUGUCAGGAUUUCCAAGCUUUGUUCCGGAGAUACAUUGAUGCAUUCGUCAUCUGCAGCUGCUGCAAAAGUCCUGACACCGCUCUCACGGAGGAAAAUGGUCUUUUCACUCUCACAUGUGAGAUGUGUGGUUUAGCAGCAUCGAUCAAGGAACCGAAUCCCCUGUGA